GGCGGACGUGGAAAAGUCAAGAUGCAGUCCCAUCAUCGUCCUACGUUUAUGAUUCUAUGCAUUGGGUGCAUGUGUUUGCUGGUGGUGUACCUUCGAUGGUCCACUGUCUCACAACAUACUAUGAGGGAGAGACGCAAGUACAGCUCAGUACGGUCUGAUAAAUGGAUAGUUGUGACAUCCAUCUCCUACCCAACUCCGGACAUCAAGUUCCUGGCAGAGAUUCCUGGAUGGAAGGUCGUUAUUGUCGGGGACACCAAGACUCCAAGGGACUGGAGGUACCCAAACUGCGUAUAUUUAAGUAUAGAAGAUCAGCGUCAACUGGAUUUUGACACAGUGUCUCUUCUUCCGGAGAAGAGUUACGCCAGAAAGACAGUGGGAUAUCUGUUUGCAAUAGCCCAUGGUGCAAAAAUCAUUUAUGAAACUGAUGACGACAACCAUCCAGUCCAUUCUCUGAAACACUUUGUUCUGGAUCCAACAAUGUGGGGACUCCUAUAUAAAGGGGAGAAGCUCUUCAACCCUUACCGCCAUUUUGGACAGCCAACACUGUGGCCAAGAGGCUACCCACUUGGUUCUGUAGGAGAAAACAUUACAAUCAAAUAUCAGUUAAAUCACUGGAAAACCCCGUCUAUUCAGCAGGGUGUGGUCAAUGGUGAUCCGGAUAUGGAUGCCAUUUUCAGACUGACCCGAAAACAAACCCAUUCUCAGCUAAAUGUGACCUUUGAUGACCGAGCUCCACCAGCAAUUGUCCCAGCUGGGGUGUUCUCACCCUUUAAUUCUCAGAAUACCCUUUUCCUUUAUGAUGCAUUAUGGGCACUACUGAUUCCAACUACAACAGCGUUCCGAGUGUGUGACAUCUGGAGAGGCUACUGGGCUCAGAGACUCCUGUGGGAGAUGGGAGGAAACUUAGGAUUCUUCCCACCAAACGCUUUCCAGAAGAGGAACUCCCACUCCUAUAUGAAAGAUGCUGUGGAUGAGAAGGACCUAUAUUUCCAGACAGAACGCCUCGUUGAUUUCCUGUCCAAAUGGAGAUGUGGAGCAGAUAAGACAUUCUUUGCAUGUAUGGCUAAACUAUCAACUGACAUGGAGCAUGAGCAAUUUUGGGAGGAACGGGAUGUACGUCUGACUUUUCUAUGGAUCAAGGAUUUAAAUACUCUAGGUUACAAGGAACCAGAAAGAAUUCCAUUUGGUUUGCUUAAGGACAGUGCACAGGUCACGAAUGAUUUGAAAUUGCCUAAUCAAACUUAUUUGACUGACCAACAGGUCAAUGUCACAUUCUGGGCGCCUGAACAGACACCACCCAGGAUAUUUUCCACAGAUAAGGAAUCACCUGCCAAACAGGCCAAUCACAGGAAUGUCCAAGAUCGGGAAGACCACGUUGAAGACCGCUACAUCCGGACAAACCACCUGCGGAACCGGUGCGUGACGACGACGUCAACGGCACUUGGACACCCCAUUGGCAGGCGAACAAUCUUACGACGACUCCGCAUUGCUGGUAUAAGAGCUUACAACCCCUCUGUGGAACGGCCUUAA